CCUGAGGAGCAGCUCUUCUCCCAGCCCAGAAGGGCUGAGGGCACUGCUGGCAGGUCUCUGAGAGCAGUGAAGCAGACGGAGGCUUAAAGCAGCUGGAAGGACAAUUCUGAACUCACUCAUGGAGAAACCUUCACAGUUUUUGCCACAACCUCUGGCUGCAGGGCUCUCCUAAAGGUGGAGAUGGCACAACUGACAUGACUGACUCCAUGGGCAGAGGGAAGAAAUGUCCAACAGCAGCUCCAUCAGCCACUUCCUCCUGCUGGCCUUGGCAGACACGCGGCAGCUGCAGCUCCUGCACUUCUGCCUCUUGCUGGGCAUCUCCCUGGCUGCCCUCCUGGGCAACGGCCUCAUCAUCAGCGCCGUAGCCUGCGGCCACCACCUGCACACGCCCAUGUUCUUCUUCCUGCUCAACCUGGCCCUCACUGACCUGGGCUCCAUCUGUACCACUGUCCCCAAAGCCAUGCACAAUUCCCUCUGGGACACCAGGACCAUCUCCUACAAAGGAUGUGCUGCCCAGCUCUUUUUCUUUCUGUUCUUCAUCUCAACAGAGUAUUUCCUCCUGACCAUCAUGUGCUACGACCGCUACGUGUCCAUCUGCAAACCCCUGCACCACGGGACCCUCCUGGGCAGCAGAGCUUGUGCCCACAUGGCAGCAGCUGCCUGGGCCAGUGCCUUUCUCUAUUCACUGAUGCACACGGCCAAUACAUUUUCCCUGCCCCUGUGCCAUGGCAAUGCCCUGGGCCAGUUCUUCUGUGAAAUCCCCCAGAUCCUCAAGCUCUCCUGCUCCAAAUCCAACCUAAGGGAACAUGGGCUCCUAACAGUUAGUGUCUGUUUGGUACUUGGUUGUUUUGUGUUCAUUGUUUUCUCCUAUGUGCAGAUCUUCAGGGCUGUGCUGAGGAUCCCCUCAGAGCAGGGACAGCACAAAGCCUUUUCCACCUGCCUCCCUCACCUGGCCGUGGUCUCCCUUUUUGUCAGUACUGGCACAUUUACCUAUCUGAAGCCCCCCUCCAAGUUGUCCCCAUCCCUGGAUCUGGCCCUGUCAGUUCUGUACUCAGUGGUGCCUCCAGCCCUGAACCCCCUCAUCUACAGCCUGAGGAACCAGGAGCUCAAGGCUGCAGUGUGGAGACUGAUCACUGGAUGGCUUCGGAAACAUUAAAGAAAUGGUCAG